AUGAGAAAAAAGGCAUCAUGGCAGAAAAUAAAAAAAUUGAAUACUGACUAUAGGACUCUACUCAAACCAUAUAAGAACAGACAGCAAUCUGAAAGCUACACAAAGAAGAUCAAAGAUUUAAAACUUAGUUGGGGGGGAACUCUCUUUGAUAUAGAUAAUUGUAAAUGUAAAGACCUCAACGAUUGCCAUUGUUCCAAAGAGAAGAAAAUUCCAACACAAGAAAGGGAAUUUGUAAUAGAUCAGCGAACUACCAGAAACCUAGUCAUAGGAUCAAUUAUUGAUGUAGCAUCCUCCAGAAAAAUAGCAAAAAGAAAACAAAGAAAGAUGGAACGAUCCCAAGAACCUGAAGAACAAUUUGAAAAACGCCCAAAAUCAGUCUAA